AUCAGCCCCGCAGCCCGCAGCUCCACGCAGCUUCUCUCUACGCCACGCAGAGCCUCGUCUCGCUCCGUGUCCCGCCAGCUGGUCUCACCUGAGCUCCUCACCUGCGCGGCCCGUCGUGUCUCACCCUGGAUUCGCGGAGCGUCUCGCCAUGCACGCCGGGCUUUAGGUUCUCCAUGGAGCUGUCCAACCUGUACGAGGCGGCGCCGCGGCCCCUGAUGAGCAGCCUGACCCACGGCCAGCAGCCCCCCUCCGGCUACAGAGACCCGGCGGACCUCGGUGGGGACAUCGGAGACAACGAGACCUCCAUCGACCUGAGCGCCUACAUCGACCCGUCGGCGUUCAACGACGACUUCCUGGCCGACCUGUUCCACCACGGCGCGCGGCAGGACAAGCUGAAGAUGAUGAGCGGAGACUUCGAGUCGGCGGCCCCGCAGCAGCUCUACAUGCCCGGCUACAUGGACUCCAAGAUGGAGCCCUUCUACGAGCACAACCCGCCGCGCAUCCGCCCAGUGGCCAUCAAGCAAGAGCCGCGGGACGACGAGGACCUGAACCUCAGCCUGCCGCCCUCCUACCACCACCCGCACCCCCACCCGCACUCCCAGUACUCCCACCACCAACAGCCGCCGCCGCAGCAGCAGAUGCCGCACCUGCAGUACCAGAUCGCGCACUGCGCGCAGACCACUAUGCACCUCCAGCCGGGACACCCGACCCCGCCGCCGACCCCGGUGCCCAGCCCGCACCACCCGCACCACCCGCAGCAGGGCGGCCUGAAGCUGCUGGAGCACCAGCGGGGGGCCGCCAAGUCCAAGAAGCACGUCGACAAAAGCAGCCCGGAGUACCGGUUGCGGCGCGAGCGCAACAACGUGGCGGUGCGCAAGAGCCGCGACAAGGCGAAGAUGCGCAACCUGGAGACGCAGCAGAAGGUGGUGGAGCUGACGGCCGACAACGAGCGGCUGCGGCGCCGCGUGGAGCAUCUGACCCGGGAGCUGGACACGCUGCGGGGCAUCUUCCGGCAGCUUCCCGACGGGUCCUUCAAGCCGCUGGGCAGCUGAGGGGCGCGGGCCUGGGACUGGAUCCGAACUGGACCGGAUGGAUUACCUGGCAGCUGA